CGCAACCCAAAGUCCAAGUGCCCUCCUCCUCCUUUUCAGCUUCAAUCUCCGCUCUAAAUUUCAGCCCCCCAAAGAGUCACCCAAAUAUCUAGGCGCUUUUCUUUCUCCCACCCCUCAAAGCAAAUCCACCCAAACCUUCUCUUUCUCUCUCUUUCUUGCUGUGCAACAAUCUUUUGUCUCUCUGAUUAUCUAAACGGAUGUGAUCCACUCGUCCCGCUCCGUACCUCUACCCCAGUCGAAAUCUCCGGAUCCUACCCGUUUUGCUGCCCUCAUGUUCAUGGAUGCUGUUGACACCGUUCCCCGCUUCAUUGCCGGAGCCAUUUCUGGAGCUCUCACGGGGCUUUUUGCUUUUGCAGGAGCUUUUACAGGAGCCGUUAUGGGUGCUUUAGCAGGUAGGGCUUCUGAUAGUGGCAUCCUUCGUGGGGCUGGAUUAGGUGCUAUAGCUGGGGCCAUCCUGUCGGUUGAGGUCUUGGAGGCAUCACGUGCCUACUGGUGCUUGGAACGAUCUGGCUCAAGGGGUUCGUCAUCUAUGGCAGACUUCAUAGAGGAGCUUCUCCGUGGAAGAUUGGUAGAAGAAGGGUUGACACCGGCGAUGUUAAAUGCCUACAAUUGGCAGUUAAGCCUUGCUGAUAUAAGCUAUGAUGAGAUCCAUGAUAUCUAUGGUGAAGUUAUCUUAAGGGGGUUGUCUAGAGAUUCACUGAAGAAACUACCAUGUCAUGUGAUUUUAGAUGAUAUCAAGGCAACUCAGGGCAUCUAUUGCACAAUAUGUUUGCAGGAUAUUAAAGUAGGGGAAACUGCAAGAAGCUUGCCGAAGUGCGAGCACACAUUUCACCUGGCAUGUGUGGAUAAGUGGCUUAUAAGGCGAGGUUCAUGCCCUGUGUGUAGACGGGAUGUGUAGAUGUACUAGGCUUUACUGAUUGUGUACAUAAAGGGCAGUGGGGAUUAAACCAUUAGUCCAUGUACCAUUUUGUGCUAUAAUAAGACAGUUUGUAAAUCUGAUUCCCAUAUGGCCUUAAUGAAAUCGAUUAUUGAAUA